GACUGGCGAAUCAACAAAUCCCGCUAUGACAAAAAAGGCUUAUAAAUAAGUUCCAGGAAGGUUAUCAAGCAACGCAAAUACGACCUAAUUAAUAAUAAUGAGCAAAGCCUUUGCCCUAGUAAAAUUUGAUCUUGAAUUUUGUCGUGAUAUUGCUGUGGUGUGGAGGGCGGUAAGCUUUUGCUACAACACAGGCAAAGUUUAAUGUCUUUUUUCAUUCAUGUAACAUUAGUGCUCGCGCCACGACGCGUGGACUGAUAAAUUCUUCUCGCGAUGGGGACAGCGGUGGGAUAUGCGCUCAGAAAACUUUCUGUUUAUGUAUCAGCUGUGGCCAUGAUAUUAUUUGCGAUCGUGAAUGUAACCCUGUUGAAACUCCUGUCCUUCGUUUCCCCGGGACUGAUGAGGAAAAUCCAUCUAAAAAUGGGAGAGAAGUCGACGAUGACUCAAAACCCCAAAUUCAGAUACGAAGACUGGGGUCCGACUUUCUUUUCUCUGAGGUUCAUUAAAACCGUGCUCUCCGUGAACUGGUGCUCGCUGGGCCUGGAGGCGUUUGAGGGGCACGCGGCUCCGGACACAGCUUUAUUCACCCUGGAUGGACAGAAAACGAGCAUUCAUCGUUUUCUUAAAGGGAACCGUCCACUGGUUCUGAGUUUCGGAAGCUGCACCUGACCCCCAUUUCUCUACAAACUUGACGAGUUCAAACAACUUGUCAAGGACUUCAGUGAUGUGGCAGAUUUCCUUGUUGUAUACCUUGCAGAAGCGCAUGCAACUGAUGCUUGGGCCUUUGCAAACAACGUUGACAUCAGCGUGCACAAAAACUUGGAGGAGAGACUGGCUGCGGCCCGGACCCUGGUCAAAGAGGACCCCCUCUGCCCUGUGGUAGUGGAUGAGAUGACCAACAUCACUGCCAGCAAAUACGGAGCCCUGCCUGAGCGCCUCUAUGUCGUUCAGAGUGGGAAAGUUAUCUAUCAGGGUGGCAUUGGACCUUGGGGAUACAACCCUGAAGAGGUUCGAAAAGUUCUGGAGAAAACUAAUUAAAAGGGAAAAAAUUUAAGUUUUCUAUCCAUGAUUGCAUUGAUAUAUUUGCACUUUUCUGAAAUUCCAGUCCUUGAACUCAUUUUCUGAGUCCUUGUGUUUGCUUGUGACAGAUACAGAUUAAACCAGCUGGUCUCUGUACCUUGAUGUUUCAAACACAGGGGGAUGUAAAAUGUAAGUUGGUGACAGUAUCUUUAGCAUAUAUUUUUCAAUGGAAUUUGUAACCAAAUGGGUUUUUUUGUAAACAUUGAUCUAUUUUUUCUGCUUUAAUGCAAAUGCAUAAUUAUCAUACCAGCAUUGUAUUCAAAGACUAUAUAAAUAUCCAUCAGCAGAGAUUGUGAAGGGCAUCUGUGCUUGUAAGAUUUUUUUCUUAACUUGUGACUGUAAAUGAUGCUUACAGGGUAAAACUGUGAACUGUAAACUGAUAAUUCAGUCAUUUGUUCUAAACAAAUUUAGAAGCACGGAUUUCACUGAAUACUGUUUUCAACAACUAUUCAAAUAAACAUAUCAUAUCAUA